GAGCCCAAGUUUAAACAUCAUUUAAAAUUCUCACAAAAUAGAAAGAGACCUAAAUGUGAAUUGCUCAAUUGCUUUAUUAGGAUUAGGAUAUUCAUCCAUCUCAACAAAGAAUGAGCUCCAUGUGCAACUGCAAUGAGGAAUGCUGUUAAUCUCCAAUUUAUCCAUCGCAUCAAGACAAGAAGAUUCACAGACAACGCAAAUCUAGCAGGGACAAAAGUAGAAAAAUACACCCUCGUUUCAUUCAAAUUGAAAAGGCACAAAACAAAUCCCAUCACAAGAAAACUUUGCUAGGAAGGAAUGGGGUUUGAAGGGAAAGAGGGAGUAAUGGCUACUGAUUUUUUCUGGUCCUAUACUGACGAGCCGCAUGCUUCCCGCAGGAGGCAGAUCCUCUCUCAAUAUCCUCAAAUCAAACAAUUGUUUGGUCCUGAUCCCUUCGCUUUCCUUAAGAUUUCUGCAGUUGUGCUGCUUCAGCUAUGGACUGCGACUUUCCUAAACAACGCAUCCUGGGUGAAGAUACUUAUAGUGGCGUAUUUCUUCGGCUCUUUCCUCAACCACAAUCUCUUCUUGGCCAUUCACGAGCUUAGUCACAACCUAGCAUUCUCGACUCCAGUCUACAACCGGUGGCUAGGGAUCUUCGCCAACCUGCCUAUUGGCGUGCCAAUGUCCGUCACUUUCCAAAAGUAUCACCUCGAGCACCAUAGGUACCAAGGGGUGGACGGAGUUGAUAUGGACGUCCCAAGCCUCACAGAAGCCAAAGUAGUGAGGAACACCAUCUCAAAAUCCAUAUGGGUCGUUCUCCAACUAUUCUUCUACGCUUUCCGUCCCCUCUUUCUGAAACCAAAACCUCCCGGCAUAUGGGAGUUCAUUAACCUCACCAUCCAACUGGCCCUUGAUGCAGCCGUUGUUUGCUUCUUUGGCUGGAAAUCCUUGGGUUAUUUGAUCUUGUCGACGUUCGUUGGAGGCGGGAUGCACCCCAUGGCUGGCCACUUCAUCUCAGAACACUACGUGUUCAAUCCGGAUCAAGAAACGUAUUCCUACUAUGGCCCUCUGAACCUGAUGACAUGGAGCGUGGGCUACCACAACGAGCACCACGACUUCCCAAGAAUCCCUGGGAGCAAGCUGCACAAGGUGAGGGAGAUUGCGCCCCAGUUUUAUGAGGAUUUGGAUUCGUAUCAGUCAUGGAGCCAGGUCAUCUACAUGUAUGUCAUGGAUAGGACAGUCGGGCCGUAUAGCCGGAUGAAGAGGAGUCUAUCAAUUUCGGACAAGAACAAGUCUGAAUAGGAAUCCUCGUGAAUUUGUUUCAUUCUAAUUCUUGUAGAGUUUUCAAGAUGUCUACUUACAGAAGAGAUUACUCAGCUUUCGGCAGUUGACUUAUGUAUGACAUUCUUCAUACUUAAUUAUUUGUUGAGCAAGAAUUUUCUUCCC